GCAGGUGCGUCACUUUCCUUCAAUUAAACUGGGGGUCAUUUCUCCUCCAGAAUCCGCUCAGACGAUUUCAGUUUUUAUUCCUCGCAUCGGCGUCGGGGUUGCAGAUGGAUUAAAGAUUAAGAGCAGCGGAGGAAUCCAGCAUUUCCUCUCCGGAUAGAGACACUCCACACAAAGUGACACAACGUGGGCGGCGCGUCGAAGACCCGAUCUGCAGGCACGGCGCAGCGGCUCCACGCAGGAGUCAGGAGCUGGGUGUGAAGCUGAGUGGACGUGACGGCGUGGUCCUUUCAAUGUGUUGACCUGGGGGAACAAAACACGCGUGAAGGCUUAGAGUGGGGCUCGGGCUAAGGCUAAACUAACCUCUGGAGCGCGUCUGACCAAAUUGGACCUCACUUCAUUAGGAAAGGGAACGAUGCUGUUUUAUCCAUUUUUAAUUUGAGCGUCUGAACUGUUCCACCUGACGUGCCGCAGAUGAUAAAUUGGAUGUAACCUCUGGCGAAAACAUUUUGGAAACGUGAUUUGCGUCUCUCUGCCUGCGCGUAUUUUCUGGAGACAUUUCCAGCGACGCGUCUUUGGCACGGCAAUAAAUCAAAGAAAUGUGCUGCUGUGAAUUUCUUUUGCCAAACUGAACUCAAAGGAGAGUGAUCAAGAGCCAAGAGCUGGGGAAAGAGAUUUUCUUAAUGAAGUGACGAGAAGAAAUUUAUGGCCACAUGAGAAUUACGUGAAAAGGUCUGGAGAUGCGGCGCAAAUGCUUUUAUCUGCUCCAGGUGUUUGCCGUUGUGAGCCUCCUCCCCUCAGCCUCCUUAGCAGAUUUGACAUGUGAAGCUCUGCUGGCAGGGAAUGUCUCACUGCAGUCCCUGGUCGCCUCCUGGAACCAAACCCUGAGCAACACCACAAGCCAGUGGAGCGGUUCAGGAAUCUACUGUGAAACCUCCAUCGAUGGCAUUGGCACAUGCUGGCCCAGGAGCAGCGCUGGCCAGAUGGUGUCCCGGCCCUGUCCCAAGAUGUUUUACGGUGUCAGAUACAACACCACCAAUAACGUUUACAGGAAAUGUCUUGAAAAUGGGACGUGGGCGCUGAAGGGGAACUACUCCAUGUGUAAGGCCAUACUUCACGAGGAGAAAAAAGGCAAGAUGCACUUCCAGAUCGCUGUCAUCAUAAACUUCCUGGGUCAUUGCAUCUCCAUGGUGGCUCUGCUCAUUGCCUUCUUCCUCUUCUUGUGCUUGAGGAGUAUCCGAUGUCUGAGAAACAUCAUCCACUGGAACCUAAUCACCGCCUUCAUCUUGAGAAACGCCACCUGGUUCAUCGUCCAGCUGACCAUGAGCCCAGAGGUGCACGAAAGUAACGUGCUUUGGUGUCGACUUGUCACUGCCUCAUUCAACUAUUUCCACUCCACCAACUUUUUUUGGAUGUUUGGAGAAGGCUGCUACCUUCACACUGCGAUCGUCCUCACAUACUCCACUGACAAGCUCCGCAAGUGGAUGUUCAUCUGCAUCGGCUGGUGUAUACCUUUCCCUAUAAUUGUGGCGUGGGCCAUCGGGAAGCUGUACUACGACAACGAGAAGUGCUGGUUUGGGAAGCGACCCGGUGUGUACACUGACUACAUCUACCAAGGUCCCAUGAUCCUUGUGCUGGUGAUCAAUUUCAUCUUCCUCUUCAACAUAGUAAGAAUCCUGAUGACCAAACUGCGAGCCUCUACAACGUCCGAGACGAUCCAGUACAGGAAAGCUGUGAAAGCAACGCUGGUACUCCUUCCCCUCCUGGGAAUUACCUACAUGCUGUUUUUUGUCAACCCAGGGAAGGAUGAAAUUUCUCAAAUGGUCUUCAUAUAUUUCAACUCGUUUUUGGUGUCCUUCCAGGGCUUCUUCGUGUCAGUGUUUUACUGCUUCCUAAACAGUGAGGUCCGCUCAGCAGUACGGAAGCGGUUCCACCGGUGGCAGGAGCAGCACUCGAUCCGGGCCAGGAUGACCCAGGCUAUGUCCAUCCCAACUUCACCUUCACGUGUCAGCUUUCACAGCAUCAAGCAGUCCACAUCGAUAUGAAACGAGAAACCAGCUUUACCCUGCAUACUGGGACAAAACCUCCAGCUGUCAUUGUCAUCAUUUCCUACCACCUCAGCGAAGUACACUAAAAAGCCUCUCUGAGCAGGGACAAAGAGACACCGCAUCGGUCUCCUAAACCUCAGGGGGGACAUUAAACAGACUUUCUGGAGAAAAUGGAUGGUGACUGGGGGAAAAGGACAUUGCAGACUUUGCAUUAAUAAAGGUUAGCGGAUCAAAAGAUCAGGGAGCUGAUCUGUAUGACCUGAAGUUUCAGUGUGAAUGUACAGCACACCAUUCGGUUUAAUAUUGGCUCGCUGUAAAAGCAUCUGGUUUAUUCCUGCCUGCAUAAUUUAAUUUAGCAAUCAUCAUCCGAUAAACCUUGUGGCGCUUAUUGGGAGUCAGUCCCAGAGGACUCUGCGUCCUAAAGGCAGAGACAAAGUUGUUAAAUAUUCAAAAAUAUAUAGAUAUGUUUGUUUUUACAGUGAUUCUUUGUUAUUUUUAUGUUUUUUAUGUUGUACUGUCAUCCUUGGUUCUCAGUUCGGUGCAGUUGUGCUUCGUUCAUCAACUUUCCAGGAAGGUUGAAUACAUUCCGUUCUUCUACCUGAAGAGUUUUGUUCCACAGUAAUCAUUUAAUGCUGUUUAGUGAUAAUUUUAUUAUAAAACAGCUUUUUUUAUUUUUACAACAAGCUAUCAACAAGUUUUAAAAAAACAAUAAUAUAUUGUUUUUUCGAGAGGAAGUGCUCAUGGGAAAAAAACAGAAAGAUACGGAAGAAACAGUUUCUCUGGAUACUUCUGAUAACAAUUAUCACAAAGUAAAAAUAAAUCAUUAAAUUGGUGAUGAUUAGAAAGUUUCAGUGGAGCUGUGUCUCCAAGGUUGAUGACGUUGUCCUUUAAUGACAAGUUUGAAUCCUCAUGUGAAAAGACACAGAGCUAAUAAUCGAAGACAGUAUCACAUUAAUGCAGUCCUUUAACUUUGAUAGAUGCUUUUUCUUGAUUAUCUGCCCCAAACAUUUUGCUAAGUAAUACUAAUCUCUUUCCUGCUUCUGAUACAGACUAGAUUAGUUCAUGAAAUGCUUGCCCUGUUAGUAUGGCCACGUUUCUAACUGGUGUAUGUUCUUGUUUAUUGAUUUGGUCACAAAUCAAAAAGUUGUGGUUUUUGAUUUGGAGUAAUUUUCAUUAGACAAUACACACGUUAUCUUUUUAUUGUUAAUGUAAUUAUUUAAUUCAAGAUCAAAUCCAAAAUACUUAUCUGACAGGGAGACUAAAGGUUGUCACAACUCAAACCAUUAAAGCAUCUUCAAAGAGUUGUGGUGGAUGGUAAUUCUGAAAAGGUCUUCAGUAGCAGUCAGUCUUGCAACAUAUCUGAAAAGGCCUCUGACUGAAGAUAGUUGAUGUAUAACAUUCCUAUUAGUCAUGACAUGCUAAUAGCUCAAUGCCAGGCAGCAGAGAUGAUAUUCCACAGUAACAUGUCCAGGACGACACCAUCAGUUGUUGGCAAGCUCUGAUUAGCUGAGAAAAAUCUAUCUAUCAUAUUCAAUUUUGAUUGUCAAGAUAAAAAACAUGUAAUGCAUUGUAAUAUCUGCACUGACUGACCCUCUUUCAGUUCUCUGUAACAAGCUGACAAACUGUAAGCACCCUUUUCCAAACGUGCCUAUCACAUUUGGGCCUUGACUACUUUAACAAUACACUACCCGGUUCCAAUCAAUACUUCCCCCCAUCAUGGUUUUUGGCUUAUGACACUUCCUGUGUUUUACUGUUGUUGCGUUUCAGCGUUGGUUAAACAGCCAAGACUCUCAAUGUGCUUUCCAAUUCCAAACAAACUUUUUGGUCCAUACACUCAUCUUUCCAAGCAGCUGAACUUCCAGUUCAAGCCUGGAAGCAGCUAAAACAAUUUUGUUUUCUUCUAACAUUAUCUAUUAUUUUAUUGUACAGUUGUUAUGAGCUCUGGGUAAAUCCAUUCCUUUAUGACCUCAUACCCAUCUGUAAUCAUUUUGCCAGGUCCUACUUCCAUUUUGUACCCUCCACAAAAUAGUUUGUUUUUAAAGUAUGACAAUGCUCUAAAGUAGUUUUGUGUUUGAAAUAUGUAGAUAAUCCUAAAAAUAUUUAUAUUUGAGUUAUAAUAUCAGGAGAUGUAGAAUACUUUACAUUAUUCUACACCUCGGUGUAUUGUGUUUGUGAUCCCUGUUUGAGUUAAUAGAAAAAACAUCAGGGAGAGACUGAUAUUCUGCAAAAGGUACAGGGAGUGGACUGCUGAGGAGAAACUGGGGACUCUAUUACAUUUUUAUUUGGAAUUGGAAUUUAUUUUAGAACUGAUUUUUUUUAUGUAUUUUUCAUGAUCUACUCUUGUUUUGCUAAUAGAAAAUGUGUUUAUGUGAGUAGUGUCGUAAUUUUUCAUAUGAGAGUUAGCAAUUCUAUCAGGGAUUAGAACCACAGUCAAUGAAAAUAGGAUGAACAAUGCAAAGCAUUCAGAAAAUUGUAUUUAAUUUAUGAUUAUUUCUCUUCAUAAGUCAAGAAAUUAAGAGAAAUAAACAAAUGGUUAAUUAAAUGGGUACAAAAUUAUUUAAGGUGACAAAAUAGAAGUAGAGGACAAAAUGGCAAUGUGUUGGUAUGAACUAGGGACGAAUUGACCCAGAGCCAAAACUAUGACCAAAACAAAAUAUCAAAGAGGAACUUCCUGAUGGCUACUAAUAUUAGCAUAUCAUAAUCAAGUUUCCAUGCAUUGGAAAAUAAGCUAUAAAACUGUCAACCUGAUAAUGAAAUCCUAUUAUCUUGGAAAGCAGCUCCUUUUUGGACCCUAAAAGUUUAGUAUGAAAAGAGAAACACUACAAAUAUUAGAAAUGAGAAGGGAGUAAAAUUACCAUCACUAUUUGUCAAAAAAGCUGACCAACAAUGAUUUGCUACACUGUUAGUUACUUGUGGCAUUGUCAGUGUAACUUAAGGUUUUUAAAUGCCCAUUUGUCUGAAUUUUUAAGGAAAUUAUCUCCAGCUACACCGGAAUGGCCGGUGACCCUGGUGAAUAGAAAAGCCACUGGAUACAUUUUUAAAUAUAAAUAGUUGAUGAAAUUGUCUGAUUGAUUUUACACUAUGAUUUGCUUAAACUGAUCAAAACAUUUUCACAAAGACAUAUCCAUACCCAAAUACCCAACAGACAGACAAACCACUGUCUGCCAACAUCUUAUUAGUAGUCAGCUAAUAAGAUGUUGUGCUAGUACAACUUGUCUGUGAAUUUCUAUAUGUAGACAGAAAAAUAAAGCUGAACAUAGGUCUGUAAAAAAGGAAUAAAACAUUCUAAGCUUUGUAAAUAAGAUGCGCAUAGCUUGUGUCACUUUAAACAGGUCUCAUUGUUUAAUUUGUUUAUUUUUUCAAGAAAAACCAUAAAAAAUGUUGAGGACUGCUUCUAUGCUCAGGGUCAUAUUUUAACUUUUUAACCAAUUGAAAUCCAUCAUUCAAACAUCACAGAUUACCAUAUCUAUGAAGUAAUUUGCUGUGAGGGUUCAUUCUACUGGAGCUGAUCAAUCAGAGCAGGAUGGGCUAGAAGGGAUCGAUUUCCAUAGCAACAGGGAAAAACUGUAUUUGUGUAAGAUGUUUUAUUGAAACGUUACAGCUGUUUUUGUCCACCUGAUGAAUGUAGAAAUGUAGUAUUUAGUUAACAAUAAAUAACUAAUGUAAAUCAACUAUCAAUGUAUAUAUAUAUAUAAAAGAUAUUUGAAUAUAAUUUUAAGAUUAGCACAUUGAUAUAUAAUGUGAUCUUUACAGAGAAUCAUAUAUGUUUGGUUUCUUUUGACAAAAUUCUUCAGGAGUAUUUCUGGUAUUUGGAUCUUACCUCUUGGUUGAAAUACAUACAAACAAAGUGCAUCCUUUUAGUAAUUUUUAAGUCCUACUUAUAAAAAAAAAUCUAGUUUUUCCAAGGUUCUGAAAUUAUUUUUCAGGCCAGAAAUGGAUGGAAACAUUACUUAAUAAACAAAAAGAACACUUGCUGCUUCUAUAGGACUUAAUUAUGAAAGUAGAAGCAACACCCACCAUUUUACAAAUAAUGUAAAAUAUAUUGAUGUUCAAAAAAUCCAAGAACUCGUUCAAAAUGUUAAGUCCAAGUUAAAAUGUUAAGGAUAGCAGGGCAUGUAGAAAAGUCUGGACAAGUACACCUUGAAGGAUUGCAGUAGAAGAACCUCAUCUUUCUGAAACACUAUAGCAGCACAGUAAAGUUGCAUCUGAACAAACCAGAAGACAGCCGGAACAAUCUCAUUUGGACGGAUGAGACCAAAGUAAAGAUAUUUGACCGAUGGCAAAUGUUUGAGUGAAACCAAAUACCACAUAUUACAAACCUCUCACAUCAACUUCCAAGCCCAUUGGUGGGCUGAAUACAAUUUCAAAUAAAUGAAAUUGUGAUGAUUCAGGCUUUCUUUGCAGCCACACUCACCAAGUUAACCAUGAACUAAAAUUUGAGAGUCAAAUCAAAUGGAGAAAUCCAGUGAUGAUGAAGGUGGUACUUUCAUCCACAACUAUGUGAGACACUAAUAAAGUCAUAAAGAAAACAUCUAUUUUUUUGCUAAAGGUGGUUCUGAAAGCUCUUGAAAUGUAUGGUGUACCUAGUUUUUCAGCACAACUUCACAAUUUUGGCUGAUACAUUAAUAAAUGACAGAGGUGGAAUCAAAAAGGGUGUUUUUGUACACUUGUACAUAUAUUUGGACUUUGACAUUUCAUUGUGUCCUGAUAUGUAAAAACGUAGUGCUGAGUUUGGGUGUACUUUCUUUUUAUCAGGACUGUAGGUUUUUCUUGCUGCUAAAAUAACUAUUCCACUAUCUACAAUUUAGCUGUGUCCAGCUCUUGUUUGCUAAAGAAAGUGGAAACACUGAACCAAAACAUUCAGGAAAAAAACAAAUAAUACGAGCUGGAAGUUGCCAAAUUCAACUAAAACAUCAAGUUAUGGUAUUUGGGUAUUUAUUAAAAACAUUGAGACUAACUUGAUAGGUGACAGACGGUUUGUGUUUUGGAACAAAACUCCUCAGCCCAACAAAGAGACUUACAAUUGUGGCAUGUACAUCAUCAAGACUAGGAAGGCAACCACGUUCACGUUCAUACCAAGUGAAUUUUUGUGACGUUUGGUCCAGUUGAAGCAUGAGACAUGUGAAGUGUCACACACUGUGUUUACUGGAUAACUGUAAAUAUAUAAAUAGCAGAGCUGGGUUGCUAAAAUCCAGGGGGGAGCCGUCACGAAUAUAAACCAAAAAACACAAACCACACACUGUAAGUCAUGGAGGCACAUUAACAGCUCACAGUUCACAUUCCGAUGAUACCAGUAUGCCUAGCACCUGUGCAUUCUUAAGAACUGCUGUUUUACUGUCAAAAUGUAAAAAAAUCUCCUGUUUUUCUUCAUCUUGCAGUUUUUAUUUAAAUCUCUUGCAAGUGAUUUGUGAACUAUGGCUUUGAAAUGUCCAAUUAUGUGUAACUUUCUGAUGCCAUCACGAUGUCUGUUUUUCCCCCAAAAAAUAUUAUCUAUUGUAGCUAAGCAGCCAUUUUGGGGCAGCUUUGGGGAAAAAAUAGAUUCACUCAAGAGUUAUUGCAAUGGGGGAAACAAUUGUUUGUUUGAUCUGCUGGUUUUAUAAUUUGGCUCACUGCCAAACAAAUGGAGGUCUUUGUUGUUAUGUUGGUUUGCUUUUAAUUUGGAAAGGGAGAAUAUCCAUCCAAACAUUGUGUAGAAUGAAAACACAUCUAUCAAACACAUCAUUUUAUUUUCCUAAAAUGUUUUAGUCCUGUUUUUAUUAAUUGAUGAAAAUAUUAGUCAUGUUUGUUGUAGGAAAAAAGGCAGACAAAAUAUUUUUGUCGUAGUCUUAGUUAGCAAAAGUGACUUUGCAGUGCAUUAGAAAAUAUCCUGUAUUCUUACCAAAAAAGCACCCUAAAGCAUAAUUUUUAAAGCUUAAAUUAAAGUCUUAUCUGACAACAGAACUUUCACAUAAGCCCUUGUUCAGUCAUUGAGAUGUACAAUGGCAAACUCUGGACCUGGACAUGUGCCUUCCAUAGCAGAAGGCUAGAAGGUUGCAUUAUAAUCCUUAUAUUCUUGGUGGCUCUGGUCCCAGCGUCUUACAGGUCAUCAUCAAGCUCCUUCUCUGUUGCACAUCUAUUAAGUUCCUCACAUUCAUCUUCUCACCUGACAAGUUCUUGCAUUGAGUUACAGACCAAAAGUGACUGACGGCCAUUUUAUGCCUCUCAUAUUUUCAGAUGAUUCCAUUUUCUUUCUGGAAUAAUUCUUAUUUUCUAUUGCCACAUUACAAUAAAGAGAAUUACAAAAUUUGAGUCUGGAAACCUAUUAUAAAACAAUUGUUUCUUCCAUUGUGUGCAUUAUAAUAGGCUGGUAGAAGACAUAAAAAGUUUAUUUUCUUUAAAGUUCAGAAGUUUGAAAUGACCAGGAUUAAGCAACAUGAUUUGUGUUAUUAUUUAUUGUUAUUUAUUUGAAAUUGUGUUAUUUUCAUGCUUGGUAAAAAAAUGUCAA